AUGAUGUCCCACUCACAACAACAGAGGAAGUUAGCCAAAAAUGAGAUUGACACUGAAACACCCUUCUGUGAAAGCUCCUUCUCAUCCUCUUCUCCUUCUUCCUCUUCACACUCUUCUUCUUUCAAUUCCCUUGCAAACCUCCUCACAACACCAACAGUGCAAAUCGGAUACGAUAAACGUCACCAUGUUAACCAUCGUGACCGUAAACUAAACGGGUCUAGCUGUUUUAGCGCCUACUCUAAGUCGUGGGGAAAGUUGAAGCACGGUUUCGGUUCUUUAUCUCACAUGGCCGGCCAGAAUAACGAAUCAUCAUCGCUUAAUGUUCUCACGGCAUUCAGAAAGAAGAGGGUAACCGGACAGCAGAAGGAGGAACUCGAACGAGAGGUAUCUGUGCUUCACAAAAUGCUAGCGCAUGAACAAAAGGUGCACCAGUAUCUCGAGCAGCUCCAUGAGCGAAAGGAUGGUUCGGCCCUUGCUAUUCCAGAUUUUCUUCCGCAGAAUAUGAAAGACAUAGUGAGCGAGCUGGCAAUGGUGGAGAAUGAGAUAACACAACUCGAGAGCCAAAUAAAGCAGCUCAAAACCGAAGUGAAACAAGAGAAGGAAGUGAACAUGGAGAAAAAAUACAAGGAGUGGGGGCGCGGGACUCUAAAGAACCGCCUCGAGUCCUCACCACAGCCACUGCAGCAUCCGAACAGGAAAACGAAUGAGAAGGUGGUGACAUACGAGAGCAAGGCACUGCAUUUCAUCAAUAAGGCCAUCAAAGGAGAGUACCACACAACCGACUUCAGCGGAUUUUCCAAUAAUCACAACGAAGAAGGAGGGCGUUUUAGGGACAGGCUCGCAAAAAGAAGCUCCACGCUCAAGUCACCUUCACCGUUUAGGGAAUCGAGGCAUCCGACCCCCAGGGUCCCGCCUAAGGUCCUCUCGACUCCUUUACAUACAGAGGAGGAAAACAUUCAAAGAUUGUCGCCAAACAAGCUAUCUGAGAAUAUAAUGAAGUGUCUUGUUUUCAUCUACGUGAGGCUACUCCGAACAUCUAGAGUGAUGGAGCUCGAGAAAUCAGGCCCCGUUGCCCGUUCCAUGAACUUUUCCUUGAGUUUCAGGGCUGAGACGAGCUCUACCUCAAAAACAAACCCCAUGUUUCAGAAAGAUUCACGGCAGCAAGAUCCUUACGGUAUAUUCGACUCGGAGGAGUCUUUACCGAGGGAUAUUGGGCCUUACAAGAACUUGAUCAGGUUUACCUCAAGCUCCAUGGACAUGAAAUGCAUUCAGAGCUCAAGCUCGGUCCCUUUGUUUCAGAAGCUGAAGGUGUUAAUGGAUGGCCUUCAGAAGGUGGAUUUGAGGUUCUUGAGUCAUCAGCAGAAGCUCGCGUUUUGGAUCAACAUGUACAAUGCUUGUAUCAUGCAUGGAUACCUUCAAUAUGGAGUUCCUUCUGUUUUCAGCCCUGAAAACCUGGUAGCACUCAUCAACAAGGCGACUCUCAACAUAGCCGGUAACACAAUCAACGCUCAAGCCAUCGAGCAUUUUAUCCUCAGGAAACCGAAAGACAAACUAGUCAAAGAGAUUCUGGGCAAAGAUGACCGAGACUCUAAGAAAAUGAUCGUCCAUGAACUGUAUGGAGUCGAGUCACCUGACCCAAACAUCAUAUUCGCCUUGUGCUGUGGCACUCGUUCUUCUCCAGCAGUGAAGGUAUACACAGCUGAUGGCGUGGCAGCGGAGCUAGAGAAGUCGAAACUUGAUUACCUGCAGGCAGCAAUAAUGGUAACAAGCUCGAAAAAAAUAGCAGUCCCUGAACUUGUGCUGAAGAACAUGAACGAUUUUGCAGCCGACAAGGAAUCGUUGACCGAGUGGAUUUGCCAUCAGCUGCCGGCAUCGUGCUCUCUCAGAAAAUCGAUAGUCGAUUGUUUCAGGGGCCCACAUGCUGCUGGCAAGGCAUCAUCUGCUAUUGUGGACAAAAUGCCCUAUGAGUUUGAGUUUCAGUAUUUACUGCCUACAUGA